GGCGCUAAUGCAUUUUCCACAGCGCCGUUCAAUACCACAAUCUUUACUUAAAUGUUGUCGCUUGAUGUGUAGGUGUUUCGUUUUUCCCACGGAGCAUGAAUGCAACAUCACCAUCAGCUGAUACAGGACAGCGAAGCCGUGGAGCGGAGGACAGCCCUCCUGCGUGACGCAUGGUUCGCGCUACGGUACGCCAUUUGUGUCUAGCAGGGAAAAGCGCGGAUAGAGAAAAUAGUCGUGAAAAAGGGGGAAGUUCAAUCCGGCAUUGAUUACAGCAGUCAACUACACUGUUGGGCGUAAUUACAGCAGAAGGUAUGGAUGAAUCAUUGACGUCAGAAAAGGAGCCUGAACGUGACACCAGUGGGAAGGUGAAGCCAGGUGAUGAAGAAAUGGAGGAAAGUACAAAACACUCAGACAGUACUGCCAAGUCCCAUGAAGCAGAUGAGAUGUCUGAGAAACCUCAGACACACUCUGUAACUGAGGAUGGGGGUAACCUCUGCACCAUUUGUGGCUUUUUAGCCAAAUGUCCACGCUCACUGAAGAUUCACUAUGGAAGAAAGCAUGGGAAGAACAGUGAUAAAUGUUCAAAGUCAGCUGCAAAAAGUAAAACUAUCUCGAAUGUCAGUUCAGCUGGAACCCAACAGGAGGCAGACAUGGAGACAGACACAGCUGCUGAGGUACAACAGGACCUGGAGUCUGAUCUUAUGGAACUGACUUCAGCAGCCAAUGACAACGACAGUGGCAUGAACAAAAAUACUAUAUCUAAAAAGCACCAUGUAUUAGAAGAGAAGAAGACUUACCAAAAGACCCCUAACCAAAAGAGAAGACUAAGCAAACGAACACCAAAACCUAAGAAGAUUUACUCCUGCAACUACUGUGGAGCGGAAUUUAGGGACAAGGCCCCUCUAGAUGUUCACAUCCAGAGAUACCACUCCAAAGACACACCAUACACGUAUGAAGCUGAUGAGGACAUGGUUGAUGAAGAGGACUCUGAAGACACCGAGGACUCUGUGAAGGCUAUUCCAACACAAGUGGCAGCCAAGCGUGGGCAAAGCAGGUUUCAGCUGAAAUGUACCCACUGUGACUUGCGGGUUAGUACCCCUGCACUGCUGGAAAGCCACGCUCGAGCCAAACACCUGGAUGAGGAGUGGUUCCGCUGCAAAUUGUGUAAUUUUUUUUCCGCCACACCAGAAUGGAUGGAAACUCACCUGACCUCAGACAACCACAUGCAGCGACAGACAGGGAAGAAAACUGCAGAGGUGCCUUUGUUUGAAGUCUAUGUUGAGUGUGUAAGCAAAGACAGUGCAGGAUGUCCUUUAAAUGUAGAUGAUAGUGGAGAAGGAGGAAGUACCUUAAAAGGAGAAGACCAGGAAGCUGAAGUGGGAGUGGAGGAUGUUAAAGAUAUGUUAGUGGGGGUAGAAGAUUUGGAGCUUGAGCCCCCCAGAAAAAAAAGAGGAAGGCCAAAGCUAGGCUCCACAACCACUUGUACUUACUGUGGCCUAGUAGUGUCCAGUGCAACCAACCUCAAUGUUCAUGUUCGUCGUAAACACAGCAAGGAGUAUGGCUACAGCUGCAAUCUGUGCAACUACAGCUGUGUGACCAAAGGAGACAUGGAUCGUCACUGUAUCACUAAGAAACAUGUUAGACGUGCACAGGAGUGUACAAGCAAGAGCCCAGUCGACAGUAGCACAAGUGUGUCACCACAGGAACCCACAAGUGAUCAAGCUCAGGAAUCAAAUGCUGCCUCACACACCUCCAACGAAGAGCAGGAAUCUAACAACAUAGCCUCCAAAGAGUCCAGAGGAGAAGAUCCCAUUCAGGCAGACACAAGCCAGAAUAUAAGUAAAUGUGGCUCUGGUAAUCUGUGUAGCCAGUGCGAUUUUGUUGCUCAAUCAGUCCCUGCGCUCCAUCUACACAUCAAGCGAAAGCACACAAAUGACUUUGAGUAUGUCUGUUUAGCUUGUAGCUACUAUGCUGUAACAAGCAGGGAGAUAUAUCGCCAUAUGAACACAGAUAAGCACAAACAGAAAAGCAAGAGAUAUCUAGAGCCACUGGAGAGUGAGGGGCAAAGAGCUUUGGGGCUCCCAUUGAAGCUGAAAGAGGUGAACUCUGACCCAGAAUGUGUCCCUUCUAGCUCCACUGAAGAGUCUGGGUCUCGUUCUGAAGACAGUCAAGCUACUGAAAGUAAUAAUAAAGCUACACCCUCUGUCACCCCGGGACCUGUCGAUGCUGAGGUUAGUGGUGCUGGCAGUGCAGAGCAGAAGAAAGCAGAGAGUACUCCAUCUUCCACUGGUGCAGAGUCUGAUCCCAACAACCAGGCUAUUAGCCCUACUGCACCAUCUGAACCCCAGCAAGCUCCCACAGAACCUAACUCGGAAACUGAUGAUUCUGCACAGCAAGAAAAUAGGGAGGAAGUUAUUAAAGCGACAGACAAAGAACAUUUGAAUGUGAUUAUUGUAGAUGCAAAAAGUGACUGCUCUCAAUCGGAGAAUCAAAUGUCCAAAGCUCUUCCUUUUGAUGCCUGCAUUGUAUCCAUGAAGGUCUUCGCUGAGCAGGAGGAGGUGCUGCAGGAAGGUUUGGCUCUGGAAGAUGAGGCCCCAGUGAUGUGUCUGACUGGCGGCUCACGAGUGCCCUAUGGCCUCCUGUCUCCAAGUGUUCCACAUGCCAAGAAGCUCAAGGAAAAGGAAACGAGGGAGGAAUCCAAAGGAAGCAGCUCUCGCAUACGGUGCGAGGACUGUGGCUUCAUGGCAGACGGCACGAGUGGCCUCAAUGUCCACAUCUCAAUGAAGCAUCCGUCCAAGGAAAAGCAUUUCCACUGCUUGGUUUGUGGCAAGUCAUUCUACUCUGAGAGCAACCUGCACCAGCACCUGACCAGCGCCGCCCACCUGCGCAAUGAGCAGAACAGCGUGGAGGAGCUGCCUGAAGGGGGAGCCACCUUCAAGUGUGUGAAAUGCACAGAGCGCUUUGAAUUUGAGCACGAACUGUUCGUUCACAUCAAGGAGAAACACGAGGAGCUCCUCAGAGAGGUCAACAAGUAUGUGCUAGAGGACACGGAGCUGAUCAACAAAGAGCGUGAGGAGAACCAGGGCACUGUGUGUAAAUACUGUGGCAAGGUGUGCAAGAGCAGCAACUCCCUGGCUUUCCUGGCACACAUUCGUACUCACACUGGAUCCAAGCCCUUCAAGUGCAAGAUCUGCGACUUCGCAACCGCUCAGCUGGGAGAUGCCAGGAACCACGUGAAGAGACAUCUUGGCAUGAGAGAGUACAAAUGUGACAUCUGUGGAUGGGCCUUUGUGAUGAAGAAGCACCUCAGUACUCACCUACUGGGAAAGCAUGGAGUUGGACAGCGUAAAGAGAGGAAGUUUGAAUGCGGGUUGUGUGAACGCUCCUUCAGUGAAAAAUGGGCCCUAAACAACCACAUGAAACUGCACAAUGGGGAGAAACCGUAUAAGUGUGGCUGGCCGUCCUGCCACUACGCCUUCCUCAACCUGUCGGCCAUGAAGGACCACUACAGGACACACACUGGUGAAAAGUCCUACCUGUGCGACCUGUGCGGUUUCGCAGGAGGCACGAGACACGCCCUCACCAAACACAGACGUCAACACACAGGAGAAAAGCCCUUCAAGUGCCAACUCUGCAACUUUGCCUCCACCACGCAGUCCCACCUAUCACGGCACAAACGUGUCCACACUGGGGAGAAACCAUACCGCUGUCCCUGGUGCGACUACAGAUCUAACUGUGCUGAGAAUAUCCGGAAGCACAUCCUCCAUACGGGAAAACACGAGGGCGUGAAGAUGUACAACUGCCCCAAAUGUAGCUACGCCACUAACGCCCCCAUGGACUUCCGCAACCAUCUGAAGGAGAGCCACCCUGAUAUUGAGAACCCAGACCUCGCCUACCUACAUGCAGGUAUCGUGUCCAAGUCUUUCGAGUGCCGUCUGAAGGGACAGGGCGCUACGUUUGUGGAGUCAGAGUCCAUGGGUUCGCCUGUACACAUGAAGGGAUCAUCAGAGGCAUCCAUACACGACGACCAAAUCCAGCAGGUCAUCAUCAUCCAGGGUUACGACGGCGAGGAGGUUGCCAUUGACCAGACCUUGGAGGAGUCGGCUGCCGCCACCCUGCAGACGCUGGCUAUGGCCGGUCAGGUGGCCGAGGUGCUGCACAUCACCGAAGACGGACAAGUCAUUGCCUCAGGAAGAGAGGUGGCAUCUGGGGGGGCACACCUGGCGGGAGACAGCACCCAGUUUGUGGUGCUGGAGUCGGGGGAGGCCAGGGAGGAGCUGCAUGCCGUCACCAGAGGCGGGGUGGCAGCCACGGGUCACAUUGUUUCCGAGUCGUCCUCGGCCCUGGAUGCUCUCCUCAGUGCCGUCAGUGAAAUGGGUCAUCAGGAGAAAACACAAGGAGAGACGACUAUCAUCCACGAGGUCUUGAGCCCCGACAUGGCCGAGGCGGUGCAGAGCGAAGGGCAUAUGAAGCAGGAGCACGACGAGGUGCAGGUCAUCCAGGAGACGAGGCAGCCGGCGGGGAUGCAAGAGGUGCUGCAGCUCGCGGCGUCACAGAUGAUGAAGGAGGGUCUGACCCGAGUCAUCGUCAAUGACGAAGGCACUCACUACAUUGUGACGGAGCUGGACAAUUGCACCUUACAGGUGGAGGGAGCCGUGUAUGGAGAGGCUGGGGCAAGUGAUGGGGAGGUGCAGCAGAUGGAGCAGCAUGCUGGAGAAGAGAUGGUGGUCUAUUUGGAAGGAGAACCCUCAUAAUUAAGUCCUGGAAGGAGAGAAGAGAGAGAAAUGAGCAGUAUUCAGCACUGGAGGGAGAAUCAAUAUUCAUUUAGGCUCCUGCACAGGCCUGGUUUCUGAUGGAGUGAGUGGGAGAGCAGUAUGACGGCUGCACACACAAUGGCCGACCGCUGAAAGUAGAGAAGUACACACAGAGGGCAUCAAAAGCUCAUCCCUUUAACACACACACACACACACACACACACAUACACGGAGCGAGAUGGUGGGCUGAGAGAGAACGUAGUGGAAGAGUAGGCAGGAAAAAUGAGAGGAUUACAGAUGGAUGUGAAGAGAAGUGAGGCCAGAGAGAAGUGAAAGAGCAGAGAAAUCCACAACCGCACACAGAGAGAAAGGAGUGUGUCAUUUUACAUGCCACCUGUCUGCGUCUGAGCCCGUCUUUGUCUCCUGCUCUCAGACGCGCUGCAUUCACAAACUCAACUCGCGCAGGUCAAAUUUACUGUGUAAUCAACUCAACAUGCCUGUGAGCGGGAUCCAAAAAAACUGCCACAGCAUUCAAAAUUCAUAAACAAUCACUCAGACAGUUUGUUGGUGGUAGGUUAAAUAUUUCAGAUACUAUGCAAAUGGCGUUUCUGUGCUUGUAAUGCAGCCGUUUUUAGACUUUGAAACAGCAUGACCUCACACAUUGAAUGGACAGACAGAGCUACUACACGGCCACAUAAUUAGGAACACCAUACUGACAUUAUACCAAGUGAAACAAGCCUCAGUUCUUUGUGAUGUGGAUGAAAGAUGUGGGGGGGAACUUCCCCUUUCUCCCCGUUUCAUGUCGACAUGAUGGCAUCACAUCACUUCUGCACAUCGGUCUGCUGCACAUUCAUGCUGCCAGUCUCUCGCUCGACCACAUCCCAAACAUGUUUUCUUGGACUCAGAUCCGGUGACCGCCCGGGGGGGGCAGGGCCCCUCUGAAUUUCAUUUAGCUCAGGCAAAAGUUUGGCAGCUGUGGCGAUGGUACGGACUCCACCACAGUAAAGACACAGCGAUGUGAGUCAUCGUGGCCUCUCUGUCGGCUCCCAUCACUUUGGUCGUUCUUCUCUGACCUCUCUGAUGCUCAGUGGAGUGUGUGUGUGUGUGUGUGUUUCAAAAGUAAUCAAACCAGCCUGUCUGGUAGAAACAGUCAUGCCAACAUAACUAAGACACAUUUUUUUUGUUGUUUUCUGUAAACAUCACCUGACGCUCCUCACCUGCAUUUGCAUGAUUUUUAAGCGAUUGCGUUGCCGCCCCAUGAUUGGCUGCGGAUAAACUAAGCAGGUGUUCCUAAUAAAAUGCUCGGUGAGUAUAAAUGACUGUCCCCACUAGUCAGCUCAGUGUGUGCUGUUGUUCCUUGUUGUGAAUGGGAAUGUCUGCGUGGAUGUCGGCCCAGCUUGUACACUAUCCUACACGUCUGGCUGAGUGAUUGUGUACUGUGUGUGUGUGUGUGUGUGCAUCCCCACCCUCCCCACCCUCCCCGUGUAUCUCCCUAAUCAGGGCUGGAUGGCUGAUUAUUAACUGCAGCAGGCCACUUGUGUGACAUGGAAGAGAGAGAAAUUAGCAGCUGUCACCCAGUGAUGAGUUCAUUUCCUGACAGGCUUCUGCUCUGAGGAGUCCUGCGUUAGACAAGCAGACAGCUGAUGGAAACC